AUGUUAGGAAGCAUACAGAAGGACACUUGUUUAUUGAAUAUUUGUUUUAACUGCUCAGAAAACAAUUAUUUCACAGGCGAACUUACUACUACAUCCAAAUCCAAUAACGCAAUGAACCACUUUUCAUUCCACGCUUGUCUCUCAUUCUGUUCAAAAGAAUCUCGUGCCCUUUGUAAUAAUAAAGGAAAGAAACUUGUUUGCUCUGGUCAUUAUAUUGUCAAUGGAAACAUGAAAGAAGAAUUGAACGGCCGUGUAGAGAAUAAGGUCUUUGAGUCAGUUGAGCCUUUUUCAAAGAGCAGAGGUUUCGGUGACUUAUCAUGCAAGCCAGUCGAGUGCAGACAGCAUGACAGAAUAGCGGCGGAUGUGCAAGAUUUUUCAUCACUGAUUAAAGUAAAACAAAAUGUGAAAACUAAGGAGUCAUCUACUUCUCCGAUGCAUUCCCCUACGCGUUCAUGCCAUACGGAGAAUUGGCUAUUGCAACUUGACGGAACGGAUGACAAUUUUCAACACAGUUCUCUAAACACCCACUGCUCCAAAAUACAAGCUUUUGGACACGACACACCAAUGCUGCAUGACACAGAAAGAAAUCUGAUAAAGGAAGAUGAUUGCGCUCCUUUCAGAAGUUUGAAUAUCAACAACAAAAUAAAUUCUUUGUGGAAUUCUAAAUUAGAUUCUUCAAACCUGAGUUCCGUAUCUGGACAAAGUACCUCGAAAUAUCCAAGCGGAAUCUCCUAUUCUGGUCUGGGUGAUUGCGCAAAAAGGAUUAGCAAAAGCAAACCUAUGCAUGAAGAAUUUGAAAACAAGUAA